AUGCUCCUGUUGUUGUCCUUUUUGAGAGGUCAAGUUGAUGAAAUAUAAAAAAAAUACAAUCGGCGAAACCUUCCCACCUUCAUUAUUUUUGCUUGCGAAAUUAAGGGGAAGGUUCCUGGGUGCUAGCUUGGUGGACAAGACGUUGGGUUUCUUGCUUAAUUUUUAAUUAUCCCUAGAGGAAAACUUGCAGUCAACAAGAACAUUGAACCUGGUUCCCCUUUGUCUUCGUCAGCACCGGGGUAGGUGGAUGCUUCAACUCCAUUCGAGUAGUCUCAACGCAGAUUCCUAGCAACAUCUUGAUGAAACUCGCCAUAUUAAAACUGAAUGCUGGUGAAUUUGGCUCUUUACCAGCACUAGAGCUAAUAAUCAAGGUGAAGAUUCUGCGAUCGUGACUGGAUUUGGCUACCAAAAAGUUUCUACUAAGAUAACUUGUAAUCGAGGACUGUUCUGUGUUCAAAAAUACGCACAAAAAAUAUAAAUUGACUUUUUUGUUUGACUCGGUUUCCGCCAAAGGUGGUUGAGAAAAGAUGAGUGUGAUUAUUUCGGCAGAAGACUGAGGCAGCUCUACCGUACGUAAUUCCACAGCUACAUAAAAGCCUAGUUGUGAAUCAAGAACUACACGGUGGUAACCUAAGAAAAUAGAUUCACCGCUUCCCUUGAGCAAGAAAAAUGAAUCCACCAAAAGCUCGAUGCAUCUCGGAAUGCUUUGUGAAACCACCACAUGUUUCUCAAGAAUCGAAGCAGCCCUUCUACCUGACAACAUGGGAUCUAGCCAUGCUUUCUGUUCAGUAUAUCCAAAAGGGCCUUCUCUUUCCCAAACCUCCGCCAGAGGAUUGUCAACAAGACCUGAUCAAGAAUAUCUUGGACAGGCUCAAGAAGUCCCUUUCCCUCUCCCUUGUUCAUUUCUACCCUCUUGCAGGUCGUCUUGCAACAAGAAGAGAGGAAAACCCCCCUGCUUAUUCUGUCUUUGUUGAUUGCAACAACAGCCCUGGGGCCAAAUUUAUCCACGCAGCUGUCGACACAACAGUAUCCCACAUUCUUUCCCCAACUUAUGUGCCAUUGGUUGUUCAAUCAUUCUUUGACCAUGACAGAGCAAUCAACCAUGAUGGCCACACCAGACCUUUGCUGUCUAUUCAGGUCACGGAGCUGGUUGAUGGGGUAUUCAUAGGGUGUUCUAUGAACCAUGCUCUUGGGGAUGGAGCCACCUUCUGGCAUUUCUUCAACACAUUGUCCGAAAUAUUUCAAGCACAGGGAGAUAAUGUAAAAAUCUCACGCCAACCUGUGCUCAAGAGGUGGUUUCCAGAGGGUCAUGGCCCACUAAUUAACCUUCCUUUCACUCACCAGGAUGAGUUUAUCGGAAGAUUUGAAGCACCCCAACUGUUAGAGAGAAUCUUCCACUUCUCAGCAGAGUCCAUUGCAAAACUCAAAGCAAGGGCCAAUUCAGAAUACAACACCAGCAAAAUCUCCUCCUUCCAGUCUUUAUCUGCGUUUGUCUGGAUGUCAAUAACAAAGGCGCGCCGUUUUCCAAAUGACCAAGUAACUAGUUGCAGGUUGGCUAUAAAUAACAGAUCAAGACUGGAUCCACCCUUGUCCCCAGAUUACUUUGGGAACUCAAUUCAAACUGUGAGAGCAGUAACUACAGCAGGUGAACUGCUCGAGCAGAAUCUUGGAUGGGCUGCUUGGCAAUUGCACCUAGCUGUGGUUAACCACACAGACAAAUCAGUGCGUGGUUUUGUCAAUGAUUGGCUUCGUUCACCAUUUAUCUACCAGCUUGGUCAGUUUUUUGAUCCACAAAGUGUAAUGAUGGGAAGCUCACCGAGAUUCAACAAGUACGGAAAUGAGUUUGGGUUGGGGAAAGCACUGGCACUUCGCAGUGGAUAUGCUCAUAAGUUUGAUGGGAAAGUUUCCUCAUAUCCAGGACGCGAAGGUGGAGGAAGCAUAGACUUGGAGGUCUGCCUUCCAGCUCACUCUAUGAAUGCUCUUGAAUCGGAUGAGGAGUUCAUGGCUGCUGUUUCUUCCUCUAUUGAAGCUUAAAUUUUAAUUCUGUAA